UACAGGGCAAAAGACAACUGAAAAAACCACCGGCAGAUAAUACAAAGCCGCGUAAUGCUCCGGCCACCGGUGAAAAUGUGGCGGCAUCAUCGCUCAAUCGACGUCCACAUGAAAACCGCCACCACAAUGCUCUUCCUUCAUUCUCUAAGUUCUUCUCAUACUUUGUCGUUCAAGAAAAUGGGAACCAUCAUCUCACUUUCAACUAACCCUAACGCUAUCUUAUCCACAUCAGGGCCACCACAGAAAUCCGUACAGAUCAAUCCUCGUCGCUCUUCCAUAAACCUAUGCCGAUUAUCGCAUUCAUCAUCUUCACCAAUUGCACCGACGGGCCGUGGUUACUUGGGCUCUAGUUCGAACUCCAUAGUCGCUAAAUGCUUUUCUUAUUCAUCGUCUUCCUCAUCUUCCCCAUCGGUGUCGGUGGCUGAUACGAUGGAGUGGCACGAGCCUGCUGCGUGCGCCGAGGUUGAUGAUUCUUAUAAUGAUGAUGUGAGUGAGGAGGACCUUAAGCCUUCGAUUCCUGUCAGAGCUUAUUUCUUUUCUACCAGUGUGGAUUUGAGAAGUUUAGUGGACCAAAACAAAUCAAAUUUUAUCCCGCCAACAUCACGCAUGACUAACUAUGUUGUGUUGAGGUUUGGCAGCACCAAGCCUGAACUUAUUGGUUCUGGUGCCAGUAUAAGUGGGAGUGACUGCUGUUAUAUGGUAGUUUUUCAGUAUGGUUCAAUUGUCUUGUUUAAUGUUCGUGAUCAUGAAAUUGAUGGUUAUCUGAAAAUUGUUGAAAGACAUGCUUCAGGAUUGCUACCUGAGAUGAGAAAGGAUGAAUAUGAGGUCAAGGAGAAACCAAUGCUGAACACAUGGAUGCAAGGUGGAUUAGAUUAUAUAAUGCUGCAGUAUUUGAAUACUGAUGGGAUCCGUACAAUUGGUAGUGUUCUAGGUCAGAGUAUUGCUCUUGAUUACUAUGUUCGCCAGGUUGAUGGGAUGGUUGGAGAAUUCACUGAUAUUAACCGUGGUAUGGAGAAAACUGGAACCUUCACAAUGAAGAGGAAAAAGUUGUUUCAAUUGGUGGGGAAGGCAAAUUCAAAUCUUGCUGAUGUGAUUCUUAAGCUUGGACUUUUUGAGAGAUCUGAUAUUGCUUGGAAGGAUGCUAAAUAUGCUCAGAUCUGGGAGUAUCUCAGGGAUGAAUUUGAGUUGACUCAGAGAUUUGCUAGUUUGGAUUUCAAAUUGAAAUUUGUGGAGCACAAUAUUCGUUUUCUUCAAGAGAUCCUCCAGAACAGAAAAUCAGAUUUUCUGGAAUGGGUCAUUAUUAUACUCAUUGUUGCUGAAAUUCUUAUAUCUGUUUAUGAUAUUGCCCAUAAGUCUGUUGCAUCUCUAUAGCUUUGGUUUGUGUAUCACUUGAAGACUGAAGAGAGUUCUACUCUAAACUUCUUGAUGCUCAGGUGCAUUGUGUAUACCUAUAUAGAGGGUUUUCUUUCAUCAUUUUUUCUUCUUUAUCCAUCUGUUUUACAGGGCCUCUGUCUCUAUUCCCCCUGUUCCUUUUUCUUGUAAAUUGAAGUUUCGAACAUGCUGCGUGGAUUAUAAAUCACUCUACAAUUUUUGAAAUGCACAAUUGACUGUUCU